CCACGUUCACGUGACCCAGGAAGAUGGCGGCCCUGACGGCGGAGCACUUUUCCGCGCUGCAGAGCCUGCUGAAGGCCUCUUCGAAAGAUGUUGUCAGACAACUGUGUCAAGAGAGCUUUUCCACUUCAGCCCUUGGCUCAAAAAAACUCUUGGAUAUUACGUGUUCCAACUUAUCUGUGACCCAGAAGGAAGCAGAGCAACUGCUUCAGGCUCUACACUGCCUCACUAGGCUGGUGGCAUUCCGUGACCUGUCCUCCGCCGAGGCGAUUCUGGCUCUCUUUCCAGAAAAUUUCCACCAAAACCUCAAAAAUCUGCUGACAAAAAUCAUCCUAGAACACGUAUUUACCUGGAGAACUGAAGCCCAAGCAAAUCAGAUCUCUCUGCCACGCCUGGUCGACCUGGAUUGGAGAGUGGAUAUCAAAACCGCCUCAGACAGCAUCAGCCGCAUGGCCGUCCCCACCUGCUUGCUUCUGAUGAAGAUCCAGGAAGAUCCCAGUCUGUGUAGAGACAAACCCUCCACCUCUGCUGUCACCAUGGAGCUGAGUAAAGAAACUCUGGACACCAUGUUAGAUGGGCUGGGCCGCAUCAGAGACCAGCUUUCUGCUGUGGCCAGUAAAUGACCUGACCAACUAACUGCCAGCACCCACUGCUGUGCCCCAGCUGCUUGUGAGCAAUGAAGCACCUCCCAGUGUGCAGGCUGCCCUUGAAGCUGUAACUAACAGUAGGCAGGACAGUGGGGACAAGAGGGGGCUUCUGCCAUCCAGAAGGCACCGUUGUAUUGGGUAGAAGCAACCAGGCCCCUUGUUCUCUUCCUUCUUCUUUCUCUUUCUCUUUCUGAAGCUGGUGAGCAGAAGCUCCCACCUUUGAAAGGCUGCUGUGUAUAACAUAAUUACCACCGAGGCAGUGUGGUGGACAUUUACUUUGUCAGCUGCCUCUACAUGGCUGCUUGGGAAAUUCAAACCCAAACUGUGGAGCUUAUCUAAUAAGUUUAUUUCUAACAUUCGCUCUAGUGAGUUCAUUUCCAACCCAGAACACACGGAAGGUAUCAGGCG